AUGUCUCGUCUCAACAGUAUCACUAUUUUUAUGAUCUCUAUCUUCUCGCUCCUUGCUUCUGUCAUGGCAAAUAGCUUGGAAUUUUUCACUCAAGACACCACCGAGCGCACCGUCUUCUUUACCCCAAAUACCGGUUCUGCUGAAGUUCCCAGCCUCUUUCUUCCUGCGAAGCCUGUGGACAAAUAUGCAAUUGUUGUCCAAUUUCCUCAAGGCUGGAGCGGCUCCUUCAAAGCUAUUCUUCCAGGAGAGACUCCAAACGUUCCCAAAGUCACUGGUGAAAUUACAUUCCAGGGCUUCCAAGGAAAAAGCUAUUAUGCUGUUUCUGCGGUUGACAACUGCUGCGAUAACUCAGGCAUCCGAUAUCUAGUGCCUAAAGCUCACGGGGAUGCAUCUGGUUGCAUCAUGGCACCAUUUCCCUGUACUGAGUCGUACUCGAGACCUGGUGAUAUGCAGGUCAAAAGCACCUCGGAUGUAAGUUUUUUGUGUGUCUUAGGUGGAGCCUAG